GCCCGGAAGCGGAAAUGACGGACACGGAAGUGCCCUGCUGUUGCCGAGGGGACGGGCCGGGUAGAUGCCAACAUGGCAGCGGUUGGGGCUGGAGGCUCCACCGCGGCGCCCGGGUCAGGGGCGGUCUCUGCGGGGGCAUUGGAGCCUGGGACUGCAAGUGCGGCUCACCGGCGCCUCAAGUACAUAUCCCUAGCUGUGCUGGUGGUCCAGAAUGCCUCUCUCAUCCUCAGCAUCCGCUAUGCCCGCACGCUGCCUGGGGACCGUUUCUUUGCCACCACCGCUGUUGUCAUGGCUGAAGUGCUCAAAGGUCUCACCUGCCUACUCUUGCUGUUUGCACAGAAGAGAGGUAACGUGAAGCACCUGGUUCUCUUCCUCCACGAAGCUGUUCUGGUGCAAUACGUGGACACACUGAAGCUCGCAGUGCCCUCUCUCAUCUAUACCUUGCAGAAUAACCUCCAGUAUGUUGCCAUUUCCAACCUGCCAGCUGCCACUUUCCAGGUGACGUACCAGCUGAAGAUCCUGACCACAGCACUGUUCUCCGUACUCAUGCUGAACCGCAGCCUUUCCAGGCUGCAGUGGGCCUCCCUGCUGCUCCUCUUCACUGGUGUCGCCAUUGUCCAGGCACAGCAAGCCGGUGGGGGAGGCCCACGGCCACUGGAUCAGAACCCUGGGGCAGGCCUAGCAGCUGUUGUGGCCUCCUGUCUCUCCUCGGGCUUCGCAGGUGUCUACUUUGAGAAGAUCCUCAAAGGCAGCUCAGGAUCCGUGUGGCUGCGCAACCUGCAGCUAGGCCUCUUUGGCACAGCACUAGGCCUGGUGGGGCUGUGGUGGGCUGAGGGCACCUCUGUGGCUCGUCGUGGCUUCUUUUUUGGGUACACACCUGCCGUCUGGGGCGUGGUGCUCAAUCAGGCCUUUGGUGGCCUGUUGGUGGCUGUUGUUGUCAAGUAUGCUGACAACAUCCUUAAGGGCUUUGCCACCUCCCUGUCCAUUGUGCUGUCCACUGUUGCCUCCAUUCGCCUCUUUGGCUUCCAUGUGGACCCAUUAUUUGCCCUUGGCGCUGGGCUUGUCAUUGGUGCCGUCUACCUCUACAGCCUUCCCCGAGGUGCAGCCAAAGCCAUAGCUUCUGCCUCUGCCUCCAUCUCCACCUCUGGGCCCUGCAUUCACCAGCAGCCUCCAGGGCAGCCACCGCCAUUGCAGCUGUCUUCCCACCGUGGAGACCUCAUCACGGAGCCCUUUCUGCCAAAGUUGCUCACCAAGGUGAAGGGUUCGUAGCUGCUGGCAUUGAAGACGUUGGCCUGGCCUCGCUCUCCCUUCUUGCCCUGGCCCAGCUGAGACCAGACACUCUGAUCAGUAUUAGGGGUAGGGAGAGGUAGUCACUGAACUCCCUGUCCCCCCACCCCACCCCACCCCAUCCCAUCCAGGGCUAACAUAACUAAAUUCUCUCUAGUAAUGACCUCAGCCCCUACUACCCGCACACAAUUUCUUAGGUGAGUUUUUGCAAAUAAAAUGUGUUACAUCAUGCUGGCUUGGAAACCCUCAAAAGAAUGAGGGAAGGAAGGACGUGCUCAGGCCUUAUGGACAUGAUCACAGAAAAGCUUUUAUUAAAAAUUCUAGGCCUGGA